AUGUCAGAGGAUUCACCUCGAGAUGUGUUCUACAACUUGGCUCAAUUCAUGUCUGGUUUUUCUCAUGCAGCCAACAUGAGCAGAAUGCGAGGAAAUUCAAAUAAUCGAAUGUUGAUGGAUGAUGAUGAUUUUUUCAUUCCCGAUCAUCUCAUUGAUCAAGACAGCACCACUAACAAUGGUCGGCAACGAAGAAUUAUUUUCAUGAAUUCUGGUUCUUCAUUAUUGGAGAGUUUAGCUCUUCAAAAUAAUGCCAUCACGAUAAAUCCGAGAAAUGAAUCGUUUGCUCUCAAUAAUGCUAAACAACUUCCGAGAGCUCAGAAUUUGGCGUAUGAUGAAGAACCAACCAAAUUUGUGGAUAAUCCCUAUGCUAAAGAUAAACUCGUCGAUGCAAAAAUUCUAGAGUUGAGGAGAUUUGUCUAA